UUAUGUAAUGUAAUGGUGUUACACAGUAACCUCUCUUGUGGCUGAAGAAUCGUCGCUGCUGGAGGUAAAAUCGGACGAAGACUGGUGCUAGAAUAUUUUAUAAAUGUGGACAUAUUUUUUUUAUCGUUUCCGGGAGUGUCUCAGGAGUUAGCAGCCACAGACAAGACGAAAAAGGGACACAAAGCAGAGUUUCUAUUCAUUCUUGAGUGGGGACAUAGCAUGCGUUUAACGACAGAAAUAGGCUAUUGUGCACGCCUUCUGGAUAAUGUCAACGCGUAACUGGGACUAAAGUGCAUUAUUAGGGCAGGAUAGAUUACCUAGAGUUGAUGCAUGGUCUCUUUUUUUCCUGUUUGAAGGAGCCCUAAACAGAUGUUGUCAGAAGAGCGACACGUCGCAGCUGUCUGAGCGCAUGUAAACUGUCGAUGCAGCGCUACUGUAGCUUACCAAAAAGUGCUGCAACGAGGACUCUCACACUUUCUGCUUGGCACAUUUAGAUCUGUAUGACAUAGACUUUCCCAUUCACGAUGGAGCUGAUGGAGUGUCCGCUCUGUCUCUUCCUGAUGUGCGAGCCGGUGACCGUGUCCUGUGGUCACACGUUUUGCCGGAGAUGCGUCAGGAGUUUCCUCCCGUCCAAAUGUCCCCUGUGCAAAGAGAGAUUAAAACCCAGGGAUGUAAGGGCGAUGAAAAACAACGUGCUGCUCAUCAGUGUGGCUGAAAAGUGCUGGCCCGAAGAGACGAAGAUGAAAUGCCACAUCCAGGAGAAGCUGAAAGCUGGACAGUUCAUUGAAGCUUUACGCAUCACCAACGAGGGCAUAGACUCGGUCCCUGAGGAUCUCAGUCUCAAGUUGUACAGAGCUGACGCCAACAUGGGCCUCCUGCAUUUACCUGAUGCUCUGACCGAUCUUGACUACCUCUGCUGCCUUCGACCCAACUGGACUGAGGGCCUGUUUCGUAAAGGGAAUGUACUGCUGGAAAUGGGUCAGCAGAUGCAAGCACUCAUCCACUUUCACAGAUGCCUAAAAAUCCAAGCCGACUUUGUCCCUGCAAAAACCCAGAUAAAAAAGAUCCUGGAGGCCGAGGGUGUAGCAGUGCCCGAGGAGCUGCCCAGUAUGCUGCAGGUUGUUGCUGAGUAUUUGAAAGAGCCUUUUCCUAUCACCAGCCUGAGCAGCUCCCAGGGGACCCUCAGUCACCCUAGAGGAGUGGAGGGGGAGGGCGACACCACGAGAGGGCCUCCGCAGGUGAAACAGGACACUGGUACAGAGUGCUGUCUCUCCCUGUGCCAGGCUGUGUCCUUCCUCCCUGCAGCUGACGAAGAUGAGGAGCUGAUGAUGAGAAAAGAGUUUGUGCAGUGCAGAGCCGAAAACAGCCUGAACCGAGAGAAAACUCUGAGUACCUUGAGUGUGUCAGACUUUGAAUGCCCACUCUGCAUCAGAUUGUUUUUUGAGCCAGUCACUACACCAUGUGGUCACACAUUUUGUAAAAACUGCAUGGAAAGAAGUUUGGACCACAACCUCCGCUGUCCACUCUGCAAGCAACCACUGCAAGAGUAUUUUAAAAACAGGAAGUUCAAUGUUACAGCUCUGCUACAAGAUAUGAUGACCCGCUUAUUCCCAUCCCAACUGGCAGAAAGGGAAGAAAUCCACAACAAUGAGAUGGCUGAACUGUCAAACCUUACAAAGGACAUCCCGAUCUUCGUCUGCACUGUGGCGUACCCCGGGGUCCCCUGCCCACUGCACAUCUUCGAGCCACGGUACCGCCUCAUGAUGCGACGUUGCAUGGAGACGGGCACAAAAAAGUUUGGCAUGUGCAGCUAUGAGCAUGGCAAAGGGUUUGCUGAUUAUGGAUGCAUGCUAGAGAUCCAUGGUCUGGAGCUGCUACCUGACGGACGCUCUUAUGUGGACACAGUGGGAGGCAGCCGAUUCAGAGUCUUAAGGAGAAGUCAAAGAGAUGGAUACCACACUGCGGAUAUCGAGUACCUAGAAGACCAGAGGGUUGAUGGGAGUGACUUGGAGCUGCUGCAACGUUUACAUGACAGUGUGUACCAGCAAGCUCAGGACUGGUACCAACGUCUGGGCAGUCGGUUCCGAGACCAGAUCAACAGACAGUAUGGGGCCAUGCCAGCCACAGAGGACGAUAUUCAGGCUUCUGUCAACGGUCCCAUAUGGUGCUGGUGGCUGCUGUCAGUCCUGCAGCUGGACCCUGCCUAUCAGACCACUGUCCUGUCUCUGACCUCUCUCAAAGACCGCCUGGGACAUCUGCGUCUUGUCUUGGAGUACUUCUCUCAAAGCUAGACUUAAACCAGCUUAAAAAUGAAACGCAAAACUCAAAUGGUAUAUACCGUGUUUAGACUGUCUUGAUCUUGGACUACUUUUGAUAGGUUUGUUUUACUGACACAGCUCAAAGCCAAAUCACUUGGGCCAUAGAAACUACAACAACAACAAUGCAGAAAUAAUAACUUGUAUUUAAAUAUUUCUUAAGAAUUCUUUAAGACUACAACAAAAAUCACCUAAAACAACCACUAGAUGUCACCAUUGUCUAUUUUUUUUUUUUUUACCAACAAGCAGUGUCUGGUAAGUCCAAGCUGUUCAAAACCCUUUUGUCAAAUAAAAAAGAUUAAGUUGCUAUUUUUGAGAUUUAGAAUGUCUAUGCACAUAAUAUCUGUGACACUGCAGGUGGCAGUUUGGCAUAGGGAGGGCUUGUAUGCAGUAAUGCUUGCUGUUUACUUUCUAUCUGCCUUGAAGCCCAUUUACUGUGGCCCUUUUUAUACUAUAUAAUUAUAUUCCCUGUUUAAAAUUUACAUUAGGAAUCUUGCAAUAAUUGUAGUUGUUGAAUGUGGUGCCCAAUGGGAUUUUUUUUGAAUGAAAGUUGUAAUGUGUUUGUGAAUUGAAUGGUCACAUCUACAUAUUCAGUGCAGCUUUAAUUUAAGCAUUGAAUGUGAGCGAUCCCGUUUGAGUGAAAGUGAGAGGCGUUUUUUUUGUGAGCUCAUAACUCAUUUCUAAACCUGCAGUACUGCUAUUAACAUUGUUGCUAUAAUUUCACAGGUUCAAGUUAAUAUAUUACAAUAUAAUUCCCUUUGUUCAGUUAGUAAAAAGUAAAAUAAAGUAAACCUUUAAAAUAAUCAAAUAAUGAUUCAAGAUAGUCUUCCAGUCAUAUAAUAUCAAAACUGAAGUGAUUUGUGUCCAGAGCCCUUAAUGUGCAUCAUAAUAACUUAAUUUAAUCAGUGUAUUGCAAUUUAUUGACUUGAACCAGUAGUUAGGUAACUGUUAUUGUUAUCUCUUUGGGUUAAUAUCUCAAAGCAGCCCAGAGUCUAAUCAUGCAGAUGUUUUAUUAGCUGCUAACUAAUACUUUAAGUGCAAUAUCAUUGUUUUUUUAAAAGGUCACUAUAGCCAUUUUAAACCAAACCUCAAACUAAGCAAUUUUAAGUCUUAGCAUUCUAUGAAAAUAAACAAAAUAAUAUCAGCAAUUUUAUGUGUUGCUACAUUCCAUACAUUUUUGCAAUUAAGGCAUUAAGAGAAAAUAAGUGACAGAAGAAGCAGAAAGGUCUACUUUGCCUAAAUGUGCUAUAGCUAUUUUAUUUUGUUCAUGUUUGCAGCCUACAUCGUCUUCACAUCCAUUGCUUCUUGUGUGAUCAGUGUACUUCUAUUUUACUCAGCUUUCAAUCACUUUACUCAAGCUUACAGAGAGAGUGGGUAUUUCUUUGUACGUUUAGUUAAUCAAGAUGAAUAUGAAAAAUGUCAGAUUUAAGAAUGUGCCAGUUUUUGUUUCCAGUGGGUUUACAGAAAUUGUAGAGUUCAUUGUUAUAAAAAAAUAAAUAAGUUGGUGAAAAAGGGA